GAUCGUCUACACCAGCGAGGAUUUUCAGAGCGAUGGUGAUCACGAGAAGCUAUCUUCUUCGGCUACAAGCGCUUCGGAGGCAACCGAAGCUCCGUCGCUGCGAGAAUUGAUGAGGGAGGUAAAUACGAUAGCAGAUUCAGCGAAGAUGGGUAACGAGCUGCAGAGCACGAAUAUGAAGCAAGAAAUUCGAAUUCCGCUUAACCUGACUUUCUAUCUUUUACGGAGAGGCAUUUAGCACCAGGAUGGAUUAGCUGGGAGAAGGCGUGUGGGAAAUCAUACAUCCUUAUUUACAAUGCACUGCCACGAGUAGAAUCAAGUCAUCAGAAAAAUAGUCCCUCUGCUCUAAGAUAAGCAAAAAUCGAGGAUGGAUCAACGUUGGUAAUGGAAUCCCGGAUCGAUGUACCCAGAGAAACCGAAAUCGCGCCUGAAUUUCAGUGGACUGCUCAAGCUGGCAGCAAGUUUGUUUUGAGCACAGCUAUGCGUGUUGUGUCUUUGGAGUUUGACUGGAGCGUUAUUUCCUGGGAAUCGAAAAAGAUGGACGUCGAUCUUGGGCGAGACCGUCCGGAUCCGGGUGCAUGCCUAGAAUUGGAUGCAACAACAAGACCGCCGCGAGUAAUGGGCCUUGGUGCGCAGUUUUCUCACACGGAUUUGGUUGGAAAAGGUGAGAUACCGAUUUGGAGUCAGGAACAAUUAUGUUCUUCGUAUGCUUAGGUUUUUCGCACGCGUAGUGGUAGAAGUUCUUGUGUCUGAGAUUGUGUCCCAUCUGAUGUCGCACGCGUAGUGGUAGAAGUUCUUGUGUACUCGUAGAAGUUCUUGCGUCUGAGAUUGUGUCCCAUCUGAUGUGUAAGCUAAAAUUUUAGCUUAUAGGUUUAUGAGCCAAGAUUCUUGUCAUCAUGAUUUUCGAGUUAUGAAUGUCUUUACAUCUACAUGCUUUACAACUUUGUAAUGUUUGCCUUACCCCCCGAAUGGGGAAAUUACUAGCACUACUAACUUCACUAACAGUAACGACAGGGUCCUCAGAAGUUCUAGGCCUUUUUCCCCUUCCGCGAGCUCUUCUAAGCUGUGGCGUGGGUCGUGGAGUGCAACCAAUUACGUAUCUACUCGACAAAUUCGUCCCUUUCGCUGGUGGUGACACUUUCAAAAGCUACUCUGCGAUACCUGCGUGGGUCGAUCGUAUGGGAGUUACCAUGACAGGUGAGCGUGAUUCUGCGAUGGCCACAGGCGAAGAUGAUUCUCCAAAAAAUGCUUGUACUAGAUCUUCUACAGCCUCUGGUGGUGCUGUGCAUCAACCUCCUAAAGCCUAUGGCGUGGUGCUGACAAACCGCGAAUAUGCCACUGUUGAAUUCGAUGACGAGCAGGAGAGCGAUAGCUUGAAUUCCGGAGUUAGGGAUAAAUUUUUGUAGAACUACGCCGUCGGCAUGCCUUGCGUUUUGGCGUUUUUCUAAUUAUUCUUGUACGAGGGAACGGCUUUUUUCUUGUAGCUCGUUGUGGAAGGGGAAAAAAGCCUAUAACAGUAACGACAGGGCGCAAUGCGUCUAGGACUUCUUCAUCUUUUUUGUCUACUACAGUUACGAAAUCCACUACUAGCUCUAAUGUAAAUGUACGGCCAGAAAAAGCAGAGGCAAGAUCCGCGGUCAACAAGGGCGCGCGAACGAAAUUGGUAAUCACGUAUCCGCAAGAUUAUGGUGCGGUGGAGGAAAGCCGUGCACACGUUUUUGAAGCUCGGUUGAGUCUCCCAGAGUUAAGACGUAAGAUAAUUCAAAAAUUCAUCUUCACAGCUUACUUGGCUCAUUGUUCUCUUUGGAUUUUGUGACUACGAACUUAUCAGAUAAGUUACUACACUAGCUCUUUGGAGUGGUUCCCCAGGGGCAGGGGUCAACGGAAUUUCAAAACAUUUGCUAGAAAAAUGAACUGCAGGUGAAUGUGCAAGAAAAGCAAACAGAUGCUUCGCCAAAAUGAAUGUGAAAUAACAUCAAUCUCGUCUUCUGGACGAAAUGCAAGGUCAAAAUCCAGAAUUCAAAAUUCAAAAUUCAAAAUUCAAAAUUCAAAAUUCAAAAUUCAAAAUUCAAAAUUCAAAAUCAAAAUUCAAAAUUCAAAAUUCAAAAUUCAAAAUUCAAAAUUCAAAAUUCAAAAUUCAAAACUCAAAAUUCAAAAUUCAAAAUUCAAAAUUCAAAAUUCAAAAUUCAAAAUCAAAAUUCAAAAUCAAAAAUCAAAAUUCAAAAUCAAAAUUCAAAAUCAAAAUUCAAAAUCAAAAUUCAAAAUCAAAAUUCAAAAUCAAAAUUCAAAAUCAAAAUUCAAAAUCAAAAUUCAAAAUCAAAAUUCAAAAUCAAAAUUCAAAAUCAAAAUUCAAAAUCAAAAUUCAAAAUCAAAAUUCAAAAUCAAAAUUCAAAAUCAAAAUUCAAAAUCAAAAUUCAAAAUCAAAAUUCAAAAUCAAAAUUCAAAAUCAAAAUUCAAAAUCAAAAUUCAAAAUCAAAAUUCAAAAUCAAAAUUCAAAAUCAAAAUUCAAAAUCAAAAUUCAAAAUCAAAAUUCAAAAUCAAAAUUCAAAAUCAAAACUCAAAAUCAAAAUUCAAAAUCAAAACUCAAAAUCAAAAUUCAAAAUCAAAACUCAAAAUCAAAAGUCAAAAUUCAAAAUCAAAACUCAAAAUCAAAAUUCAAAAUUCAAAAUCAAAAUUCAAAAUAUGAAAUCAAAAUCAAAACGAGGGAAAAACUUUAUACUGUAAGAGAUUGUGAGCGCUAACGCCGACUGGAGUUGCUUCUGCGGUCCGCAACGUAAACCGUGAAAUCCGUAGCCUCGCAAGACGUGCAGAUCAACUGUCACCAGAAUAUCAUGAUUUAGUGGUCGGUGGUUCUUCGGAGUCGAACUCGAAGGAUGGAGGAGUAGUACAAGGACUAGCAGACGACGAGAACAAGAUCACGUCAGCAGGUCCUCUGAAGAAGGCGCGUUCGCUCUCUGACAUCAAGAAAGACGAGAACAUUUAAGGCUUCCCAUAAUCCAUCUGCAGAGGCAUCCUGGGGAGGCUUUUCAAACGUAAAGGGUGCGUAGGAUGCAUCCCAAGAUGGAGCCGGGCAAGCUCUAAAACAUCAACCUGCCCUCGUGGCGUCUCCCAAAGUGGACACAGGAGGGGGCGAUCAUUGGAUCCACAGGCGGCGCCUCAGUGGUGAAUGCGGUUCUAGAGAAACUGCAUGCAGCGAAAGUGCCCGUGCGCGCAGUGUGGAGUCAAGACUGGAGCGGCAGGAUUUUUACCGACUUUGGUACUCGAGUUCGCUGGGAUUGGCGUCUAGAUGAGUCGCACUAUCCUAACUUCCGAGAGUUCUCGCAGAAGUGGCUCAAGCGUGGUGUGCGGGUGCUCACCUAUGUGAAUUCCUAUGUGAGAUCAGAAGAAGAAGGUCAGAAAGGCGGCAAAGCAGUUUCGAAAGCUGCAGAAGUAAAAACACCAGCCGCGGGUCCUAGUGCUACGAAAACGAUCUAUCAAGAAGCAGUGGAGCGAGGCUUCUUUCAGAAGAUGUACAUCAACAACGUUGAUAGAAGUGCCCUAAAACCGAAAUCCUCCAAAACGACACCAUCAAAGUCACUUGAAGAUGAGAGCACAAGUACUCAAGAACAAAUUCGUUUACCGUCAGCAACCGACGACUUCCAAUUUUCUGUGCUGGCUUUAGACCGGAGAGAGGUCCGGGAGUGGUACGUCGACGUGCUGCUUUGUAAUGCGAUGAUGCUUCCAGUGCCAGAACGUUGCCCUGAGCUCUCAGCGGGUGAAGCGGGUCCUCUAGUUCAUGGGUGGAUGAGCGACUUCGGUGAAUAUGGUCCACUUGGCUGGGUCAGUGUUGAGGACGGGACUAGAAGUACUAGUCACAAGGCUACAUUGAAGAUAAGGCUUUAGAACAAAGUCCAGCUUUGCCAGGAUCGAUCUUGCUUCAGUCUCGAGAGGAAAAUUAGCAGCAAGAUGAAGGCUGAGCUGGAGAUUUACUCAAGGUCUAAUUUUAGAUGGCGACAAAAAAACUGCUGUGAGGUUUGCUCUUUCUGGUCACACGCGCUACUUGGAACAAUGGGGAGAGGUUACCAGGAUGGUCGUUGAAAAAUACAGCCGGUUGACGGGAAAGCGCGACGUCAUCUUCAACUUUUUUCGUUAUGUGUUUGGAAUAUUCGAAAAACAAGAAAAGAGAGUUACAGAUACAGGAUGAAUUGACAUUCCUGUAGUUUCUACAAGUUGAAGUUCUUCUACUCUGUACCUGUCCCCCAAGACCCUGAAUUCCAGGACUUCGUUCCCACCCAUCAUCUAACUUACCGCAGCAGGGUUGUUGAAUACGCAAAUUCUAGGAAGUUUUUGGAUGGGUGAUCAGACAGUAACCUGGGAUGCGUACGAUGGGUUUCAAAGUGCGGCUAUAGGCGCGACUAUGAGCGGAUUUAGUGGCUGGCGCUACGUUCACGCUGAUGUCGGAGGAUAUACCAUGACGGAUAGAACAGCGUACUUUUGCUUACAUUUAUUUAUUUGGUGACGGUGCAACACCUUGGGAAGCAUGAGGAAAGCCAGGAAGUCAUUGCUCAAAGUAAUAAACAGGCGCCCAAGUGUGUCGCCUUUGCCCUUCGUUCAUGUUGCUCGCCCUUUUGCGGCGCUUAGCUCGCGACAUUGUGCACAAUCUUACUGAGUGACCUGCUAGCAAGCUUCUUAGUCUACUUAGGUUCGAGCCUUUUUUUUCUGUGUAGUGAUUCUUACGAACAAGUAAGUUGAGUUGCUACGUGGUUCGAAUGAAUGAAUGAAUGAGUUCCACAGUGGUGCGCACUCUCUCAGUUUUCCCGGACCGGAUGGAGGCAUUGUCGUUUUGCCGGCGUUGCAUCGUGGAGCAGAGUUGAUGGUUCGCUGGAUGCAGUAUACUGCUUUUGCCGACGCUGUUUUUCGGACGCAUCCGGGAACUAAGCCAGGAAGCUCUGUGCAACCGUGGUUAAGGCUUCUUCUAUUCCAUCUCUUCUAUAACCGAGAUAUUCUGGAGUGAGAGGCUUUUCAAGGUCAAGGGGGAAAGUGGUACCCACUACAUGAAGAGUUUCAAGAUGCAUGGAUCAGCUUAUAAGGCGAGCUCUAACAUGGGAUGACGAAAUUUUGCCGCACCUGCGUCGAUGGGCCACAGUCUUUGCAAGGGGCGCAGAGUAUCGAGAAAAAAUCGAUCAAGAUGAGCCGUUGCUGCCGCUUUUGCGCCAUGGAUCUCUCGUAGACGAUUCAACAGAAGUGUGGUGGGAAGACGUAUCGGAGGAUGAAAAGCAGGCGGAUUCUCCAACAAGGACAUCCUCAGCAUCUACGCAGCUAGAAUUCGACGCAAACGGUGAACUAGUACAUGGCGAAACUACGUUACGCCAACAAGAAGCAGAACUACUACCUUUACAAGUGCGACUUUCGCCACAGGAUAAGGAAGCCGCGAAGAACUGCGAAGUGUAUUCAUCCGUGGCAGCCGCGCAAAAAGCAGGCAUUGUGCUCUCGCCUCAACUUCUACAACAACUCGACGCUGAGCCUACUACAACUAGUAGCAUAGCAAAAGCCUCUGGGUCACCUGCGCCUGCGUCUACUAGAAGUUUAGGACCUUCUGAGCGUUUUGCUUCCGAGCCACAGCCUUGUCCUCCUGAGUGGACAGAGCCUACUACUUCAUCUUCAUCUAGAACAGAUAGAAGUACGAAGCAAGUAGGAGAAGUGCCUGGAAGAAAAGUAGGGGAGCAACAGUUUUUCUUAGGUCCAGAACUGCUCAUCGCGCCAGUCUUUAAACCGGGACAACGGAAGAAGCGCGUUUUUCUUCCAAGUGUAGGUAGAGAUGUGGCGAAUCCUCUAGGUGCCGCUAAAUGGACCCAACUUUGGACAGGGAAUGUUAAGGCUGGUAUAAAAGAACACAUCAAUGAUCUCCAGCACUGCGUGUGGAAGAUCCUUCAUGAUCGCUCUUUAUUUUCCCCACUCAGGGACAACUCAACAUUGGACUAUUUCUAUUCGAAAAAUGAAAAUAGACGAGUAGCUAGAUGAAACAAAAGAGUCACUACGCUGUUCGCCCUUCAGUAUCUCGCUUAUUUCUGUUAGUUACUUGCUUAUUUCAGUUUAUCGAAUAGAUGUUUUUCCCCCUUAGGCGAGCGGAUCAUGAAUCAAAUUUUGAGCUCCUCUAAAAAGGAGUUUGCCGGUGGUCAGUUUGUUACCGUUGCUGCGCCACUCGAGGAGGCCACGACUUUUUAUCGCAGUGAUGAAAAUGCAAAAUACGCAUCGCUGAUUCGAGAGUCUUACAAGCAGUCGCCACCGUCGCUUGAGGAAGAACAUCAAGGGUCACUCGCAAAGAAGGAAGUAAUUGCGCAUGCAUAGUUUCUUAGUUCUUACUUAGAAGGCCACCUGGCUCUUUUACUUACUGUUGGACCACAAGAACACAGAUUGCCAAGUCUUGGCAAGUGUCUCGCGGAGAAACGUUGGGCGAAGCCCUUCCCCUAUGCAAUUGGACGCACAGCCUGGGACGGAUGGCCUCUGGUUGUUCACAAAC